AAUUAUAAAUUGACAUAAAAAUGAGCAUUUUGCAACCGUAAUGACAAACUUUUUUCAAUGGAAUACGUGCACAAAUUUCAAAACUCCUUACGAAUCGGUCGUUUGCUGGGAACGAGGCAGAUAACGGCAGAAUAAUUUGCUAGAGAACUUCUUUCUGUCUUGUAAUAUUGAGGUGUGGCCUCUCAUACUUUUUUCAGUUUUUCAAUAAUUGAAUUAUUAAUAGAAUGGCCGAAGACAGAGGUGUAUCUGACAUGAAAGAAUUGCUUCAAUCUUUUGAACAAUCAGAAAGUGAUGAGGCUCAAGACAUUCUAAAAUCUAUGACAGAACUUUUGAAAAAUGAUAUAAAGAUGAAGGAACAUUUCCAUGAAGUAAAUGGUGUAUCUGUUGUUAUAAAUGUUGCAAUGAGUGCAAAUUUUUCUGUACUUAAUACUGUUUUUGAUACAUUAGCAGCUGCUGCUGAAGAUCAUGAGGGCAACAGAAUACAAAUGACUCAUGAACGUACAUUUGUACUUAUAAAUAAAGUAUUAAUAUCCAUUGAUUCACUUGGAUUAAUGGCCAGUUUACGUCCUUUAGUUCUCCUUUGUUAUGUCUGUGCUGAAAAUGCCCACGCACAAGAACUGGCAAACAUGUCUGGAUGUGUGAAGGAAAUGGAAAAAUUAUUUCUGAGAUUCUCACUAGAUAUUCUAGGUUCAUCUGAUGUCAAAGAUGAGAAACUUGUUUUCACAUGGAACAUUUUGUGUACUGCAAUUGCUGCUGUAUGUGGGGAGCCAGCCAAUCAGAAGAACCAAGACACCCUUCGAUCUAUUGUUCGUGAGGGAGCCAAUUUUCUGAAUGAGUGGGUAGAUAAACCAAGAAUUACAUUGAAAGAUGUAAAUUGUGCCAAGAACUUGUUGAUUAUGUUGCCCUAUGUUUUACAUAGCAAUAGGGCAAAUCAAGACUUCUUCGCAAGAUCAGGUGGUGUUCAUGCCAUUGUGAAUGGUCUUGCAAAUUUGGAAGAAAGAAAAAGUGCUGACUGCGAUUUUACAGAAAUUUAUAUUAAACUUGUUUAUUUGCUCUCCACUUCAGUAAAAGAAAAUGUACAAAUAAGUAAAUUAGCGGGAUUCCUUGGUGUAAUUCCAAUGUUGGUUCAAUUGAUGAAACAAUUUAGUAAAAAGGACAAAAGAGUGGUCAUAUUUUGUCUUGCAAAUUUGCUCAGCUGUGAAGAAAAUGAGCAAAUAUUUCAGCAGUUUGACAUUUGUUCUUAUCUUGUCUCUGAAAUGAAGACCUUUGGGGAAAGUUCAGAGUGUUGGAAAAUUAUAGACAAAAUUGUCAGCUACAUGAGAGAUAAACAGAAAUCUUACAGCGAUUUGGAUCUGUCUGGAUCAUCCAACAGCUCGGUGCUGGAAGAAAAAAAUAGACAUUCAUUAUCCAGACACUUUCAGAAGAAACUGGAAAAGCACCCAAAUAAUGAAGAAUUUGAUUUGACUUCUGAAAAAAAAUUCAAUAGCAAAUCAGUGAUUCAUCACAAAAAGUUCUCUGAUUAUGAUUUUGAACAAGACAGAUUUAGAAAUCAUAAUGAAUAUUCACAUGUACUACCAAGCUACUAUAAAAGAGCCCACAAUCGAAAUGAUAAUUUGUUAGAUGAAAAGUUCAUUAAACGGCAAUAUGACAGGAAAAAUAACCAUUACGAAAGAGGUGAAGUUUAUUACCGUAGAAGUGAUGAUUCUGAUCUUAUGCUUAAUAGAUUUCACAAACCUUUUGAUAAGUCUAGACGAAGCAAUUCACCAAGUGACUAUAACAAAAAAGAUACAUACUCAUCUUAUAGUGAUGGAUAUUUUCUCAAAAAUGAAAAUACCCAGAGCAGACCAUUCUUACACACAAAAGACAGUUCUUCAGACUUGAUAAACAGAGCUCGCCGCUUAUAUCCUCGGAAUAAAAUGACAGAACUUGAGGAGAUUGAUGUGCACCAAAGAAGACACUAUUUUACCAAAAGAGAAAAUUUUGCAAGACAUGAUGAAACAGGAGCAGAAAAGUUGAGAACUGGAAGUCCAAUGACCCAAAAAGACUACUUUGAUUCAGACAAUGAUUUGAGAGAGAACUAUGGCAGGAGAGCAGUGAAGGAAAGCCUAGGGAACGAUUUUAGGAAAGAUGAUUUCAGAAAGGAAUGGCAUAGGUCAUCAAUAGAGAGAUUUGUUAGAGAUUACUAUGAUACAGAUAUUGAAGAAAAAAAAGAAUCUGUAGUGGACUCAGCAGCUAGACGAAGCAGAAUCGAUAAACCAAGGAAAGAUUACCCAAAAAGCCCAUCAGGAAGAUUUAACGAAGACUAUUUAGAUGAUCGAAACAGAGAUCCUGGAAAGAAAUUGAUGGGAUCUAUCAGAGAUUAUUACAACACCAAAGAAGACAUGAAAAAUCGAUUCCAUAGGAGACCUUUGGAAAGAUACCCACGGGAAGAUAGUGAUAAGGAUACUGAGUUUCUAAUGGGGAGAGCCAGGUUUCCUCACGAAAGAGAAAUCACUGGCAGCGAGAGUGAAAUUGGACAAAUGCAUGGAAGGAGAUUAACAGACAUAUUGACAAAAGAUGAUGAGGCUAUAAUCAGAGAAACUUGGAAAGAUGAUUCAAAGCGAUCCAGGGGCCCCAAGUCAUUAGAAGCUCUGAAGAGAAGCAAGAGUGUGGGAAGACUAAAUGACAUUGACAUUCAAUCUAUGUUAAAAGACAUGGAUCUUGUCAGAUGCAGCCCAAAUGAGAAGAGUUCUCCACCAAGCACAGAUGGCAAGAAGAUAUUGAAUAGCCUUAGUGGAGGAAUCGAAACUGAGAGCCCAGUAAUGCCAAUGCUCCUCAGCAUAAAAGAUACCCAACAAAAAACCAUGUCUCCACCAAACUCACCUCACAAAUCUUGUCUCAAAAAGCCUACAGACCCAGUCCGCAGCAUGCAAUCCAUGGUUAGUUUUAAGGAUGAAGGAGAAAAAGAUAGAGAAACCAAACACAAGAGCCAAUACUCAAUUAAUGAUGGGGCAAUAAAUCAGAAGGAAAAUGACAAACCUACAGAAGAAAUAGGAGGAACUGAACAAACAAAUUCUCCAUCAAAGCCUGCCUUCUCAGAAGAAGAGGAGAUGCAUCUGGUUCAAGGUAUCGAGAAAUUUGGAUUGGACUUUAAGACGAUUUAUCAAGAGUACAGUUUUAAUGAGAAACGUACACCACAUGACUUAUAUGAAAAAUGGAAACUUUCUUACAAUUUCUGAUACAAAAAUAGAGUAAAGUGUUACCGGCAUUUCUUUUUUUUGAAUUGACAAAUGUGUUGGGAUGCAUUCUGAAACUUGUUAGACCUAUCUAUAAUACUUUAUAUUUUUAUUUUUGCUGGAAAAAUAUUGUAAGAAUGUUCUACAUUUCCUCUUUGUUUAAGAUGAAAAUGCAACAUAAGUACUCAUAUGGAAUUUUUUGAUGUAUUUUCAUAUUCUUUACAUUAUUUAGAAUACAACUGUGUUUUGUAAGUUUACUAAUAAAAACUGUUGAUAUCUUUUAUACAUUUCUUACUAUUUAGAGGUAUAAAAUAUUGUGUUAACACCUCCCCCCUUCUUUUUGAAAAUAAAACGUUUUGAAGGAUCUUCUU